UCUUAUUGCUGCUACCUCCGAUUGUUCUUCCUCCUGCCGCUGGAGAAAAAGGGGAAAGAGUAGCAGCACCAGCUUCUCUCUACUCUUCUUUGCUUCUUCCUCCCUCGUUUGCUCCUGACGGAGUCCAGCUCGAGAGUCCUGUUCUUGCUCACCUCGGAACCCAGGAAGAAACAGAGAGAUCAUCUUCUUGAUUAUUCAGUAAUCUGUUCUAUUGUUCUUGGUGCGGUUGAGAGAAAAGAGCAGCAGAUUUUUGCGAAGCUCCUCAGAUCUUUGCCUCUUUUUCUCUGUUCUUGGUGGCAGAGAGAGAGAGGGGAUAAAGAUUGUUUCUUAUGGGCAACUGCUUGUUCAGGGGGAGUUCCUUCGUUAACAAGGUCUCCUCCAAUGCAAAGCCAGAGACUCCCAAGAUCCAGAGCCCGUCGGAGAGGGACCGCAGCGACGAGCGCAAGCUGCCGUCGAACCCCGGGGAGGUGGAGGCCCUGCGGCGCGGCACGUCGGCGGCGGCGGGGAACCCGCUCGUGGCCUUCUCGUUCGCGGAGCUCAGGAAGGUGACCAACGACUUCGGGAAGGACGCGCUCAUCGGCGGCGGCGGCUUCGGAAGGGUGUACAAGGGCGUCGUUCCUCGGGACGGUGGAGCCGGCGAGCCCCUGCCGGUGGCCGUCAAGGUCCACGACGGCGACAACAGCUUCCAGGGCCACAGGGAGUGGCUGGCGGAGGUGAUCUUCCUGGGUCAGCUGUCGCACCCGAACCUGGUGAAGCUGGUGGGCUACUGCUGCGAGGGCGACCACCGCGUGCUCGUGUACGAGUACAUGCCCCUGGGCAGCGUGGAGUCCCACCUCUUCUCCCGCACGGCGGCGCCGCUGCCGUGGGCGACGCGGAUGAAGAUCGCGCUGGGCGCAGCGCGCGGGCUGUCGUUCCUGCACCAGGCUGAGCCGCGCCCCGUCAUCUACCGCGACUUCAAGACGUCCAACAUCCUCCUCGACGGCCGCUUCAACGCCAAGCUCUCGGACUUCGGGCUCGCCAAGGACGGCCCCGUGGGCGAGCAGUCCCACGUGUCCACUCGCGUGAUGGGCACCUACGGGUACGCGGCGCCGGAGUACGUGAUGACGGGCCACCUCACGGCGAUGAGCGACGUGUACACCUACGGCGUCGUGCUGCUGGAGCUCCUGACGGGGCGGAGGUCGCUGGACCGGUCCCGCCCGCCCCAGGAGCAGGCGCUCGCGGACUGGGCACUUCCGUUCCUGCCGCACAAGAAGCGGGUGCUCGCCAUCCUCGACCCUAGGCUCGGCGGGGACGACGGGCCAACGGCCAGGUCCGUGCAAAAGGCGGCCAUGCUCGCGUACCACUGCCUGAACCGCAACCCCAAGGCGCGGCCGCUGAUGCGCGACGUCGUGGCGUCCCUCGAGCCGCUCCAGCAGCCGCCGGAGGAACCCGCCACCGCCGCGUGAACCGGAGAGGCCCGUGCCCGAAGCUUCGGUCGUUAACCGCGUGUAUGAUACGAUUGGUGGUAGCAGUAGGUAGGAUUGCUUGAUUUGAUUUGAAGUCAUUUGGCGCGACAGGAUGUGAUGAUCACCAGUUUAGCUCAAAUUCAAGCACUGCCGGCACAUCCUUGUAAAUGUGGAGCUUUUGUUACAUAUAAAUACUUUAACCCUCUUGAAUUUUGUCGC